AUGAAAAAUUUAAAAGAAUGUUUAUUAUCUGAAGGAGGUUAUAAAAACACAAAACGAUUUAAAGAAAAUAUUUAAGAUGAGUAAAUUGAUGAAAUAUAAUUGUAGCGACACUUUGAACUAUGUUAUUGAAACAUUAGAAGACAUUUAUUAAAACCCUAAAUCAGAACCGAUUUCAUUGGUGCUUGGAAUGAGAGUAAGUCUGUUGGUAUGUUUAGCUGAGCAGUUGACAAAAGAACUAAUGGAUCUUCAUUAUGAUUGUGUAGUAUAUUCUAUAACAAAUAACAUUGUUUAUUUGAUUGAGGAUAUUAUCAUGGCAGAUUUAAAGAAAAACGAAAGAGGCAAAUAUUAUUUUAGUGAUCAACCAGGUAUAAUUAAAUAUAAUUAGAUUAAACUCUUAUGUUACUUGGAAAUACACUCAUACGUUUAGCACUUGAAUGCAUUUUUGUAUGGAACUUAUGGCAUCCAAAUAAUUUAGCUAUUAAUUAAGUGUAAUUUUAUAUAUCACACCUUAUAGUUAUUAAAGAUUAAUUGAAAAAGGUGUGUAGUUCCCAAAAUUACACUAUUUCAGUGCUUAAAAAGUUAAAGAAUACUAUUUGACUGUCAAAGAAACUUCAAGAAAUGGCACUAUAUUUAGAUAAUAAUCAUAAAUGCUAAAUGAAUAAUAUUUUGAUCAACUCAAAACUAAAAUUGAAAAAAAUCACAAUAAUAAUAUCAAACUAAAUGAAAUCAAUGAGGAGUUAAAAUGUAUAAUAUUUAUUUUUUUAAAUAGAAAUCAAAAAUGUUAACUAAAAUCAAAAAUAAUUCAUUGAAAACUUCAAUAAGGCUUAUAAAGAUUAUCUAAUAAAUAAUAAACUAGAUGAAUUCAAUAAUUAAAUUUAAUCAAUGUAUGCGUAUUAUUAAAUUAAGUUGCUUAGAAUAUGAUGAAUUAUCAAGCCAAAAAAAACAGAGUAAAAAUCUCAUCAAUUAUCAUAGAUAGUGCUAUUUAAUUAUGUACUUAUUCAACUGACAAACAAAGUAAUCAAUUUUCAAGAAGUAUGAGUGUAAAAUUUUUGUUUUUUUAAAUUUUAGUCUUAAAAUUCUUAAAAGAAAAAUGAGAGCAAUGACAAAUAAUAAUCAAUUGAACAACUACUUCAUGAAAAUGAGCUUAUUUAGGCAUAAAUUCAAAGUUUUGAAAUUCCAAAAUCAACCAGUCAUUUUAAAAAAAUAGAUUUAUGAAUCUUAGAUUGACA